AUGAAACAUCGGACUUUGACUCCAUAUUAUAACACUGUAAUUAAUAACACUCUAGAAUUCUGUGGAUUCUUAAAUGGAACAGAUGAGAACGCUCUUACGAAGUGGAUGAUUAGGAAUGUUUCAGAAACGAAAGUUGGGAAAAGAAUUGUACAUCCUUGUCCUUACUUUGGUUCAAUCAGAAUUGCGAACAUGACAGUGGAAAAUGUAAUGUCUGCACAGUUCCUCAAAGGACAAUAUAAAAUGUUGUUUAGAAUGUUCGAUGAGAAGGAUAAUGACAUAAUUACGACAAUUCACGAAACUGAACUUAAAUAG